CAUAAACAAACCAUCAUCCAGUACUGACAGUAUCUUAGAGAAGAAGUCAUGUUUUAUCGUGUUCAUGUUUGUUUCAGAUAUUGCUAGAUGUCUGCUCUCGAGGAUUACUGUAUAUACCAAGCACUUACACAUGACUUAUAAUUCUUCGGAUCACGCCAACAGAACACACCCUUCAAGGCUUGGAGCUUGAUGUGCAAAAUCAAGAGAGCAUUUGUCCUUUCUGAUAGUGGGGAAUUAUCACAUCAGUGCCAUUUGUGAUAUUGCCAUGUAAGUAAUUGUUGUACAGGUAUGCGGAGAACCGUUUACCGAUUGUGUCUCAAUUGUGUAUUUGAAAUCAAACUGUGCAAAUCGUAGCAGUUUGUGAUCUCAUCUGUGAUCUAUGAUUACAAGUGAGCAGCGGUAGCAGAACCAAGUAAAACACAGUUACACGAACAAUUUCUUCAUAUGACGUGACAAUUUUGGUGCCGUUAAAGGGUGUUCUUAUUCGAGAAUGGCGACAAAAGAGAUAGCAAGUGAAACCACUUCCAGCGGUCCCAACAUUGACUACCAAACAGUUGUGAUUGUGUUUACAACGCUGCAGGCCAUUGUGAUGGUUGUUGCGUCAAUUGGCAACCUCAUGGUCAUCGUUGCAUUUGUGCGCUACAUGGACAUGCGGCGCGCUACCAACAGGUUCAUCAUCAACCUCGCCAUGUCGGAUCUUCUCACGGGUCUCGCCAUGGGGUAUCAGAUCGCUUCGUUCUACGUCCCCGAAAUGAGCCGCCAUCUUGUCACAUGUCUGCUGCAGUUCCAGACGAUCUCAGUGUUCACGCUCUCCUCUCAACUCAGCGUCACCUUCUGCACCAUCGACCGCUACAUCGCCAUCACCGCCCCCUUCAAACACAACGUCAUCAUGUCACCCCGCAACACUGCUAUCAUGAUCAGCAUCCCAUGGGUGUACGGCGUCGUCGUUGGAGCCCUUCCCUUCCUCGGCGUCAACAACUGGACCGACGGGACAGCCUGUAUAUACGAACUGGUGGUCACACCCGCCCAACUGUACUUAUCUGCCCUCACCACGUGGUCUCAGACAAUACCAUGCUUCAUUAUGUACGGGAUCAUAUUCAAGGUAGCAUGGGAGCGAAAGAAGCGGAUUCGACCCACGAACAGAGUCCUAGUUCACCGGAUCGAAGUCCGUUCUAGUGUCAUGAUGGGGAUCGUCACCGUGGCCUUCACAGCGUGCUGGCUGCCCUUCAGCGUCACGACCUUCAUGCAAGUCAUCAACUUUAACCCCACUGUUUCCUUCGUGGGCAACUGUUUGGUGUUUGUUGGGGUAGCACACAGCAUUGUAAACCCCUUCAUUUACGCAUGGCAGAAGCCGGAAUUCCGUCGCGCGUGUGGUCGUCUGCUGUGUCCACGGUCGUUUGCUAUGCGUGAGCAACGACCUCGCUUGAAGACCAUCAGUCAACAGUCCGAGAAAUCUGACAUCACUUAGAACGGACAAGUGAGUGGAUGAUAGAGGUGAUCUAGAUGUGUACAUCCAUUGCCCGCGAACUGAAAAUACGGGAUGUGACAUAUAGAUGGCGUGAGCGGUUACUGCAGUAACAUUGAUACUAUCGGUGGGUCAUACAUUAAACUUUCAUCUGUCCAUUGUACAUCUGACCUAAGCUCCUAGAAUGAGACUGUCCAAUGCAUUGUAUUUUAUCAUAUGAAACUACAAGACAUAUAUGGGUUAGAACCAUGCCCCCUUGGGGGCCACCAUUUAUAGACCUAUUAUU